UCCGGUACACGAGAUCACCGGUUUGUCAACAGAGAAAAUGAGCAGUGAAAUGUUGAUAUAACACAAAAUUUAAACCAUAGACGACAGGAAAAUUUGUCUUACAAUGUUAGAAAAACUUUUAAGGGUCUUUCAUCUUUUUAUAGCAGUAGGAGAUUUAAUAAGACAAUGUCUAUACAGCGUUCGCUUCCCCGUGUUUCCCUAUCAAUGGAAGAAUUCACAGCUAAAAUCUGACGCAAGGGACCUGAAGAAAGUGCCAACACACUUAGGACUAAUUAUCUGUGAAGAGGAAUUCUCAUUUCCAGAUAUAGCAAACAUUAUAGUGUGGUCAAUAGCAUUUGGAGUAUCUUAUUUCAGUAUAUAUGACUUAAAUGGUUAUUUAAAAAGGAAAAGGAAAGAGUUAAAGGAGGAAAUAGACAACGCACAGAAGAAAUGUUUGGAUGAGGAGCACAGGCGAUAUACAGUUGUCAUUCACUCGGGGGAUGAGAAGCUUUCUCACACAAAUGGAUAUUGUAGAUCAAAUCAGGUUGAUAUACAGUUGUUGUCAAAAGUGGAUGGUCGCCAGGGUCUUGUAGAUACCACACGGUUACUAUGUCAACAGGUGGCAUCCAGAGAGCGGCGCUUAGAAGAUAUCACUCCAUCAACUGUUGAUGAGUUUAUAAAAGAAAAUUCCCAUUUCCCAGACCCUGACCUAGUUAUUCGGUUCGGGGUAGGAGAGAGUCUAUUUGGGUUUCAACCCUGGCAAAUUCGACUCACAGAAAUUCUAUCAACUAGGAGUCACCAUAGUAUAGGAUAUAAAUCAUUUACAGACUUACUUCAUACAUACGGAGAAACGAAGCAGAGAUUUGGAAGAUGACUGCUGCGUUACUCACUAGUCGUUAAUUACAGUCCGCGUAUCAUCUCACACUGUGUCUCAUUACCAGAGAGCUAUUUAGCCCUAGUUAAGAUUCAUUUAAAACAUUCAUUUGUUACCUUAUUGUUAAGCUUAUAAUAUAUGAUUUGUUUAAAACUUAAAAGUGUGAACAUUUGGUUGUUAAAUUUUUCCCUGAAUACUUGGGUGCUAGAGUGAUUUAGACAUUUUUUUUUUUACUUUAUGCUUAAAAGGAAGUAAAAACUGUUACUGUAUGAAAUAUUAUGAUAACAAUGCAUGGGUUUCUAUUAUUUAUACACAUGUACAGUAUAUAUGAUACAUUUAAUGUUUAGGAUAGGAUGUAUGGAUAUUUAUAUAUCCCUCUAUUGAAAUCAUUCCUUUACAGGCCAUGAACUAUCAGUCCUGAUCUGACAAACUGAUAAUGAUAGUUCUAAUGUAUAGCAUAGUUAUAUUUAUUGUUAGUACAAGGAAAAUCCCAGUAUGUAAGAUUUGAAUUCCAUUUAGGAUCUGUCUUCAUUAGAAAAACAAGUUGAUGUAUGAAUAUAACAUUGAUGAAGACAAAGGGUGAAAACUUCAAUGCCAGUACAGUGUACCUCAUAGUGAGGAGUUACUUCCCUUGAUGGAACAUUUUUUUGUGCUUGAUAAAUGAUAAAUUGCUUUUGGUAAAUUGCUUUGUUUUUGACUGUAGAUCCAAAUGGUGUUUUUUUUAUGGGCAUUAUGGUAUAUGUUAUUAUGUUGAGUGGAAGUAACUCAAAUCAAAAAAUAAAAAAAGGAAACUACUUAAAAAUUUUUAAUUCCAAGAACAACAUUUGUUAUUAAUUAGUCUUCAGAAACAAAGUUGUUAUCAUUCAAGAUUUUUUUUGUUUUCCUCACGUUUCAUUUCUUUACUGCUUUAUUUAUCUGGUAACUAGAAUUAAAUUUUACAGUACAUGUAAUUGGUGAUUUAUUUUCAUGUACCUGUAGCUGUAAGUUUUUACCCAAGUCUGACUUCUAUUUCCAUGUUUUCUUGGUUGUAUGUGAUUUAAAGAAAUCAGCAGCCACUGUAAAUAUUCAAUGAAAACCUACCAAACUGUAAUUUUCAGAUAUUUAGAUUUUUAGACUGUUAUGCCUUAGAAUUGAUCUACAAACAUGCAUGAGUUACAAGUUAAUGUGUGGCCAAAGAACUUUUUGCAUUCACAUAUGCAGGUACAGAAAAAAAAGCUUGUAAUGAGUGAUAGAACUAUAUGUACUUGCAUUAACUACUUGAAUAAAAAAAUCAAAGAUUUCAAUUUUAUUUGAAAUGGCUAAUUGUUUUAAGUAUACAUAGGCUGUAGAGAUAAAAAGUCAGAAAUUCAGAUCAUUUUAAUAAUAUUAUGCCAAAAUGGUUUUGUUUUUACACAAACACUGUGUUGGUGUGUAUGGAUCUGUAUAAUGUAUUUGUUGGUUGUUACCAUGUCCAACAGCAAUGAAUGAUAUGUGUAUUGUCAACUCUGUAUGUUGGAUAUGUAUGUCAAAUAGAGAUAUAUUUUAGGGGAAAAUGGCAAAUGCAAAUAAAACUGAAAUGUAUGUAAAA